UAUUGCUCUUAUAUAAUUAUGGCGGUUGAUAGGUGAACAACGCCGGAGUUGGAAGUUUUAAGGAGAUAGCUGAGACCACAUUAGAGGACUACGAUCUUAUCAUGUCAACCAAUCUCAGAUCGGCAUUUUUUGCAUCACAGGCAGCCUUACCGUUUCUCAAAGAAUCAAAAGGUAAUGUUGUCAACGUGUCAUCCUGUGUAAGCUUAACACCUAAUAAAUAUUGCGCUUACACAAUAUCAAAAGCUGGUAUGGACCAACUGACUAUGAACACAGCAAAAGCUUUUGCCGAAUAUGGAAUUAGAGUAAACUCUGUACACCCUGGUGUUGUAGUCACCAAACUAUUUGAUCCUGCUUGUUUUAGUCAUGAUCAGGUGGUGGAUUUUGCAAAAGAGCUGCACGUACUUCAAAAACGACCAAUUAAAUUUGACGAACUUGCAGCAGCAGUUGCAUUUCUAGCCUCCGAACAUGCAGCUAUGAUUACCGGUUGCAUUAUGCCGAUAGAUGGCGGUUACCAUCUGGUAAACUAGCUGUCUUGUGAUGGGAUUAUAUUACUGAAAUUAACACAAUCUAAUCGAAGACAACAAAAGGCCUAGAAUGUUUGACAUGUAUCCAAAUUCAACAUAAAGUAGUACUACUGUAGUUGGCUGCCAGUCAAGAAGAGAAUCAAUGUCAAAAUAUUGCUUCUUCCUUUCACAGAUAGGAAUUUUGAGUCUUUGUGGUGCCAUUUUGACAUGGCUUUUAAAAAUAAUUUUAUGUCGUGUGAAGCACAUAGAAGAUUUUAGCAUAUUACACUAUAUAAGAGAUCAAUUUAAUAUUACUAUUAAUAUUAAUUCGACUGAAAUUGGUGUUGGUUGAUUUGGGGUGUAGGUAUGUUUACAGUAAAAUAUAUCUAAUAAUAAUAAUAAAUAAUAAUAAUAAUAAUAAUAAUAAUAAUAAUAAUAAUAAUAAUAAUAAUAAUAAUAAUAAUAAUAAUAUCUAAUAAUAAAUUACAAAGUACAAUAAAUAUUAAAUUGAUAGGUGUGUAGCUUUAAUUUACAAAUCAGGAUAACAUUUUUUUAGCAUAGGCCUAAUUAAUACCAUUUUCUUUCCUUUUUUUAAUUGUUUGUAUGUCGAUCAAGCGAAAACUUAAUUACUGUACUCUAAUUUCUUCUGUUCUUACUUUCAAUAAUAAUGCACUCAACCAGGGAACAGUGAAGACUCAACUAUGAUUGGAUAGUGACAUGAUUUUUAAACUUUUUUUUUGUGAACGUAAUGCAUGUCACUACAUUUGAAGUUAUAAUCACCAUUUCAUCAUGGAUUUGAUAGUAAAACUACUUUGG